AUGCCACUGUGUCUGUACCAUUAUUCAUAGGGGCCAUGGAGAGGCGUUUUUACCUGUUUAUUCAGGUAGUCUUCAUGAGCCUAUGUAAAAGUUUUUGGGACUGUGGACUUGUAGCCCUAGAUGAUAUUACAGUACAAUCAGGAAGCUGCUGGUCUCCAGAGAGCCUCCCACCUCCACCUGGACAAUGCACUUUUGAUCAAGAUGAAUGUGCCUUUACUCAGGAGAAGAGAAACCGGAGCAGCUGGCACAGGAAGCGAGGAGAAACUCCCACUUCCUACACAGGACCAAAGGGAGAUCACACUACUGGGGUAGGUGAGUGAGUUAUGCCACACAGUGCCAUUUCUUAAGGAAACCUCCCAGAGUAGCAUCCUAGGUUGUU